AUGGUGCUGAAAUGCCUUAAUUGUGGCGAUGAAACAUCAUGGGUGUAUGUAUGUCAAGAUGAUAAGUCGCCGUUGAAAGGUGGUCGCGGUAGUGCCAAUUUAGUCAUUAAAUGCAAGUUAUGUUCGCGCGAAAAUUCCAUAGAUAUCAUAGAAGGAAGUGUAGGACCUUAUAACAUCGAAGACAGCGAAAGCAGAAAAUACAAAACCAUUGUAGCUUUCGAUUGCCGAGGCAUAGAGCCAACAAAUUUUUCACCAAGGAUUGGAUUUCAAGCAGUAUCUUCCGAAUCGAACACGGCUUUCACGGACAUCAAUUUAUCGGAAGAGGAUUGGGCAGAUUAUGAUUCAAAAAAGAAUAUCUCUGUUGGUAUCUACGAGCUUCAGCAUCGUUUUAUUAAGUUAAAGUGA